AUGGAGCGGGCCCCGAUCGCAGAGAGCAGAGGGUUUGUUCUCUGUUUUGAUGGGACGGGUUAUAAAUUCCGGGGAGACGAAGCCGACAGUAAUGUUCUCAAGAUCUACAGAAUGCUGAACCGCAAUGACCCUCGUCAAUUUCAUUAUUAUCAGCCGGGGUUUGGGACGUAUACCACCUCGAUUUGGCAGGCCAGUAAUCUCAGCCAGACUCGGCUGAAAAGAUGGUUUUCGAAUAUGAAGGACGCUGCGGCAGGAACAACAUUUGACGAACACGUCAUUGACGGUUACAGGUUCCUCAUGCGCUUUUAUCGCCCCGGAGAUGCCAUAUACAUUUUUGGGUUUAGCCGUGGAGCGUAUGUUGCUCGCAUGGUUGCGGAAAUGCUAGACCACAUUGGCCUGCUAGAGGCAGGGAAUGAAGGCAAAGUCCGCUACUUCUGGACGACUUUCUCCAAGUGGGCAAAAUGUACCAACAGCGUCGACGCUGACCAGACAGAAAAAGAUGACUUGUAUAAGUACAUGAAAGCCCUACGGGAGACCUUCUGUCGUCCGGUGUCACAGAUUCGUUUUCUGGGACUAUUUGACACCGUCAACAGCAUCCCACGAUUUGAGGUCAAUCGUAAUAAGUUUUUGUUUCCUUUCACGGCAAAAACUUCAGCCCAGGUCAUCCGGCAUGCGGUCGCUAUCGACGAGCAUCGUGCCAAGUUUCGACAGGACUUGAUCUCAGAUACCAAUCCUAACACGCGGUCGACGCGGCGCAAAACGCAGGACCACUCAAAACGACAACAAGGACGUUGCACAGGGGAGGCAUUCUAUCGACCAGCCCCUGUUGCUCAUCCACAAACCAUAAACGUUGGUCACCCGCGAAUGGAUGUAGACCACCCAAACCCGGCCAGUGCGCUCUCCGAAGUUAAGGAUGGUGUUCGCGACGAAAACCAGAAUGUGUCUCAGGAUAUCGAGGAGGUAUGGUUCGCCGGAUGCCAUUCGGACAUUGGCGGCGGAUUAGAAUUGGAUGAUGAUGAAGACAUAGCACUGAGCCAUGUGCCAUUGGUUUGGAUGGUACAGGAGGCGCAGCGUGCGGGGCUUCAGUUUGAUCCCGAAAAGAUGAAGCUCUUCCAUUGCUUUGAUGAUUCAGCUGGUUCUAGCGAUCUUCUGGACCAUCUGGAGCCCAGCACUGGCGGCCAAACAGAUGGAGACCACCAAGGCGAUACAGGAGACAGAUUCGGCUUCGAUUCCGCGCUCCGACGGGCAGCUACGACCGGACAUGUACAUGACUUCCUACAGUACGGUCACGGUGCCUCGUUGCCCACCGUUGUAACAUGGAAAGCAGUGGAAUACCUUCCGUUUCGGAGGAUGGGAUUGCAACCCGAUGGAUCCUGGAAACCUGUUCGAUGGCCUCUUCCCCUCGGGGAGAGACGUGACCUUCCAAAGGAGGCCAAAAUCCACGGGUCUGUUGUUCGCCGCAUGAACGCCGAUCCAAGGUACAGGCCAGAAAAUUUACUCAGGGAUGGGAAGGGGAAGAAUAAGCGACCCUUACAGCGUGGAAUCGGCGCGUGGGAGGUGUACGCCAAUAACGGAUGCUCAGUACGAGAAACAUGCCGCCGCAAGUCGAGCGGAACUGUCUAG